AUGGACGCAGACAUAUUCAGAGAGAUGUUUCCUUCAGAUUAUAUCAAAAGAUUUCUGGAGAAAAAUGUUAGAAUAGACGGGAGAUAAUUUAAAUAGCCCAGAUAGAUUGUUAUUGAAUUUGGAGAGGGAUUAACUAAUUAUUAAUAUGCAGAUUGCUUUAUUUCAGUCAAACACGUAAUUAGAGAGAUAGAGUUAAAGGAAGUGGAUCUAAAUUAGUGCAUUAGAUUAUCGAUUAUUAUGGAUAAUCAGGAGGAAUUAAGCAAUAUAGAUAAGGUCAGAAUCGAAAAGCAUUACCUAAAUUAAAUAUACGAUGUCGUACUCCAGAUUGUGGAUCCUUAAAGAUUGAGAAAUCAGAAUGGCAAAGUCUAAUAAAUUGAAUUAUAUAUCAGAGUUGCUGGGGCUGAUGGAUCAUUAUUGUCCCAUCUGAUCAACUGUGUUUCGUUUUCCUUAUAGCAAAUUAAACAUUUCGAGACUUAAAAUUCAAUAGUGUACAAGGAGAUCAAAUGUUAAACCUUUGCCGUGUUUGAAGAUCAAAUAUUUACAGACCCCUCUGAUUUUGAGGAGAAGAAUUCUUCAGUUAUUUCAGUGAUCCACAUUUAAGGAGAUGAGCAGUUCAUACUUAAGAAGCACGAUGGCAAACCACUGAAUUAUAAUUUAAUAUAAUAAGUUAUUUAAUUAUUUUGA